GGGGCCCCCCGGGCCGGGGCGAUGCCCCCCUGCAGCCGCACGGACUGAGCCGGGGCCGGCCCGUGCAUGGCCCAGCCAUGGAGGUGGUGGACGAGACGGAGGCUCUGCAGCGCUUCUUUGAAGGCCACGACAUUAAUGGAGCUCUGGAACCGUCCAACAUUGACACCAGCAUCCUGGAAGAGUACAUCAGCAAGGAAGACUCUCCAGAAAUCUGCUUCCCUGAGAUCCCUGCUCCCGCCAGCUACACACACCCCCAGCCCUCCAGCUCCGCCGGCAUCCCUGCGCCUCCCAGCAGCUCCAUCAGCAGCGUGAGCAAUCCCUCUCCCAGCCCUGCCCUCCACCUCCCUCCCGCCGGCAGCCAGCUCCCCAUCCGCCAUGGUCCCCUCCUGGCCAAUCCCUGCGGAGCCGCCUACGGAGCUCACCUCAACUGCAACAACAACAACGGCAUGGUGGUGCCCAAGGGCUUCCUGGCUGGCCACUGCCUGAACAGCGUGGUCCCUCCAAUCAAAUCAGAGCCCAAGGCCUCCUACGCACCUGGCACUUUGCCGGACUCUCCCCCAGAUUCCGGAUCGGAAGCCUACUCCCCUCAGCAGGUGAACGAUCCUCACCUCCUCCGGACCAUGACUCCCGAAAAUAUGUGUCACAUGACUCCCCCUUCCCGCCUGGAGCACCCUCCUCCUCCGCCGCCUCCUCCUCCACCCCCUCACCUCCAGGGUCCCCCUCCUCCGCCCCCACCGCCCCCUCACCCCCUCCAGCCGCAGCACAAUUCCCACUUUCCCGGCCUGCAGCGGGAUAUGUUCCUGAAGGCCGAGCCCCUGAUGCCUCCGUACAGCGUCGGGCCGGGAAUGGCGCCCGCCGAACUCCACCAUGCCCAGCAAUCCCAGAUGCUGCACCAGCUCCUCCAGCAGCACGGAGCAGACCUCCCGGUGCAUCCCGCCAAGAAGCGGAAACACUCCGAGUCCCCGCCCAACACCCUCAAUGCCCAGAUGCUCAACGGGCUGAUCAAGCAGGAGCCGGGAAUGGGAUCGGUUCCGCUCAAUCCCGACCGCGUCCAGACGCCUCCCUGGCACCAGCCGGGAGCGCUCUCUCCAGGCCUGAUCCAGGAUAAUGACAGCCUGAACGGCUCCUACCUGGAUCCCAACUUCCAGUCCAUCAAGUGGCAGCCACACCAGCAGAACAAGUGGGCAACUCUGUACGAUGCCAACUACAAGGAGCUCCCGAUGCUCACGUACCGCGUGGAUGCCGACAAGGGCUUCAACUUCUCCGUGGGAGACGACGCCUUCGUGUGCCAGAAGAAGAACCACUUCCAGGUCACCGUGUACAUCGGAAUGCUCGGCGAUCCCAAGUAUGUGAAGACUCCCGAGGGCCUGAAACCCUUGGAAUGCUUCUACCUGAAGCUGCACGGAGUGAAGCUCGAGGCCUUGAACCAGUCCAUCAACAUCGAGCAGUCGCAGUCGGACCGCAGCAAACGGCCCUUCAACCCCGUCACGGUGAACCUCCCCCCCGAGCAGGUCACCAAGGUCACUGUGGGGCGGCUGCACUUCAGUGAGACCACGGCCAACAACAUGAGGAAAAAAGGCAAACCCAACCCGGACCAGAGGUACUUCAUGCUGGUGGUGGCCCUCCAGGCACACGCCCAGAACCAGAACUACACGCUGGCAGCCCACAUCUCCGAGCGGAUCAUCGUCCGGGCUUCCAACCCAGGGCAGUUUGAGAGUGACAGUGACGUGCUGUGGCAGCGGGCGCAGCUCCCAGACACCGUGUUCCACCACGGCCGCGUGGGAAUCAACACGGACCGCCCGGAUGAGGCCCUGGUGGUCCAUGGCAACGUGAAGGUCAUGGGGUCCCUGAUGCACCCUUCAGAUGUCCGAGUGAAAGAAGACAUCCAGGAGGUGGACACCACGGAGCAGCUGAAGCGGAUCUCCAGGAUGAGGCUGGUGCACUACAACUACAAACCGGAGUUUGCAGCCACGGUGGGCAUUGACAGCACCUCUGAGACAGGUGUCAUCGCUCAGGAAGUGAAGGAGAUUCUGCCAGAAGCUGUGAAGGACACUGGGGACCUGGUCUUUUCCAAUGGGAAAACCCUGGAGAACUUCCUGGUGGUGAACAAGGAGCGGAUCUUCAUGGAGAAUGUGGGAGCCGUGAAGGAGCUGUGCAAGCUCACGGAUAACCUGGAGACACGGAUCGAUGAGCUGGAAAGGUGGAGCCACAAGCUGGCCAAGCUCAAGAGGCUGGACAGCAUGAAGUCAACUGUGAGCUCUGGAGCUUUCAGCCAAACUGGGAGCCAGUUCAGCCGGGCAGGAAGUGUGCCCCACAAAAAGAGACCCCACAAAGUCGCCAGCAAGUCUCCGUCAGUUGUUCCGGAGCAGGCCUGCAUCAGCCAGCGCUUCCUUCAGGGCACCAUCAUUGCCCUGGUCAUUAUCAUGGCAUUCAGUGUGGUGUCCAUGUCCACACUCUAUGUGCUGAGCCUGCGCAGCGAGGAGGAUCUCGUGGACAUCGAUGGGUCAAGCCAGAACAUUGAUAAGACACAGAUCGUGCGAUCCACGGCUACAUCCAAUGGGGCCAGCAGCAGGACCCCCCCAGAGCAUGUCCCAGAUGAGACACAUGGAGUAGCCCUUGGCAUUCCCAGUCGCGGUGUGCUGGCCUGUUUCAGCCCUCCCUGUUUUUCCACGUGCUGCUCCAUUGCUCCCACUGGCAUCUCCUCCACUGUUCCCUCGGAGACCAACCCUGCCCAUGCCGCCAACCGGACAGACCAAAGCCAGCCCUCCCUCCUGCCAGUGACAAAUAUCAAAGCCAAAUCCAGGGGCAUCACCGGGAAAUCCGCCUCCUACACCAAGUGGCCAAAGACUCCUGACAGGUCUCAGAGCUUCGGCAGCCCCAAUGCCAGCCCCUCCUCCCCCUUCUCCCACAUCCAGGGCAAAUCCAAGUACAUCUCCAACCUCUCGCUCUCCCGCAGCAACUCCCGGCAGCAGCGCAGCCUCCGGCAGCCGGUGAGCGAGCGGCCCCGCACGGAGCAGCCCGGCAUGGAUGGGCUGAGCCCGGUGCUGCAAUCCAUCCGGAUCCUGGAGAUCAACCUGGCCAUCCAUUCCCAGUACUGCGCCGCAGCUGACGCCUGCAGGACUGGGAAUUUCAGCUACCGCAUCCCUGUGAGCCAGCAGACAGCCGUGAACACCAACCUGACCCUGGAGAUGAACUCCUCCUCCACUGUCUCCAUCUCCCUUUGUGACCUUGUCUCCAGUGAUCCCUGCCAGGAUGCUGUGAGCAGGAACAGCUCCACUGACUCCACAGAUGCACAGGACACCACGCACCGCUGGCCCCUGGUGAUGCUGUCCUUCCGGGAGUUUUCCUACCACUUCCGAGUGGCACAGCCGGGCCGAGCCAACUGCGGCACUUCUCUGGAGCAGCUGGGACACCUCUUCACUGACUAUUACUUCCAGUUCUACUGGCUCUGUGAGUGAGUCCCGGCAGCACCAGUGCCCUCUGCUCGGAGACAGGAGGGGAACUGGUGCCACUGGGAGCCUCCCGAAUUCCCUGCUCCGCUGGCCCCCAGCCCCACCUCAUCCCCGUGUCCUGCGGCAGCUCCGGAGCUGGAAUGGUGAUGGCUGGAGACACUGAAGCUCAGGACAGACAGGACCUAAAAGCCACCACCAGCCCUGUGGUGGCUCCUGGGGGGAUCUCACACCGAUUCCCAGCAUCCCACACCCCUCUCCUUCUCUUAGGGGGAUGUUAGUGUCCUCCAUCACUUCCCCCUCCCCUUCCAACACUGGAUUUGGAAGCAUCACACCAGACUGAGCGUGGACAGCUCUGCCACAUCUCUGAGGGGUGCUCCUUCCAUGGACAGGAGCCCUACCCGGUGCUCCCAGAUGUCCCACAUCAGUUCUUCACAACACUGGAAUUGCUUCAACACUGGAGCCAUUUCCAAGAGCCAAACGCUGGAGUUUGGCCUGGAAAGGAUGGCUGUGCCUGGACCUACUGGAAGUUCUACACUGGAGUUGCUGUUCCUUCUGCUUGGCCCAGGGCCCUUUCCCACAGACUUCCCAGAGACUCCCAGACCUGCCAAUGUUCCUCUAGGAACAACCGGAGAAGGAGCAGCUUUAACGUCAUCCCCCCUCUUCUUUGUGCUCUUAAAUCCCAUAUCCAUGUGGGAUAUCCAGGUGUGGAUGGAUAAAACCCCACUCAAGCUGCUGCUGAGGCCAUGCCACACCUGGGGACACUUGUCCCCAAGCCAGGGGUGACAAAUUACCGGGACUUACCCACAUUAAGUGUGGUAGGAUCCGUUUUUAUCCACUUGGAAGCGGUAUGUGCGGAGCUGCCUGGUCGGCUCUGGAGCCAGUGCCAACCUCUGCCCAGGUGUGCAGCACUGGCAGAGCCUGGAGUGCCCUGCGGAGCAAGGCCAAGUCCCUGGGAGCACCAGGAUCUUUGUCCAGGCAGGAUCUCUGCCUCAGGAAAGGGGUGGUGUUCUCCCAAAAGUUGGGAUGGCAGCAGCUGCAGGCUGUCCCUGCCCUCACAGAGCUAUGCUGGGAGAAUUUGGGAUAUUUUACUGUUACAAGUCCUUAAAUUGCUAAACUACUGAAUUCUUGUGGGGUUUAAGCCGUAAAAAACCCCAGGAAUUUCCUUCUGGCCCCAUUGAGCCACGUGUGUCCUGUGGGAAAGUCAGGUGGCUCCCUGUGCUUCCUCCCCAUCCUGCUCCUCGUGCUACAGAGGAGUUGUCUGUGUUCCUGGAGGCUCAGCCACCUCCAGGGUAUUCCAAGAUGGAUUUCCCUGAGGAAACAAGUGAGGGGGGAAUGCCACAUGCUGAUCCUAAGAACACUCUAAAUCUGCUCUGGAGAAACAAAGAUGGGUUUUUUCCAGGUAAACUGAUGGUUCCUGGGCACAUCUGGUUUUAUCUCCCAUCAUCCCCCUCCUGAGCUUAUCCCAACGAAGCAGCCCUGAAAUUCCUGGUGAUGUCACUUUUUGAUUUGGCAUCUGCCCCCUGUUUGUAGGGAGGUUUUCAAGGCCUGGAAACACUGAAUUAUAGUUACUAAAAUCCACUGAAUCCUGGGAAGCAGGAAUAGUGGGUGAGCAGGGCAUUCCAAGCAGCCAUGCAGUUGGAAAACCCAGUUUUGGAAAGCUCAGUGGGACAACAGACACCCCAAGGCUUGGGUAUAACUGUGCACAAGCAGAGGGGCUCCGUGCUCAGCAGGAUUCUCUGUUUUACCCUGAAAUUAGGAAGGAAACACCUGGAUGUAGCUGAGUGCUCUUCCCUCCACCUGCCCUGAGCAGUUUUUCCUGGUUUUAAACUGGGAAAUUACUUCCUUGGCAGGUUUAUUGUUCCCUUGGCAAUCAGUGGCCCAGGCUGGCACAUCCUUCCUCAGGUGAGUGAUGCUGAGCUGGGAUAAAAGCUCCUGGAAGAGUAAACAGGGAAUGUUGGGGGGGCCAGAGCCUGCAAUCACCACCCCCCUCAGCCAAGACACUCCAGUACAUUCCACCCCCCUCCUGAGGGAAGGAAUCAAUCAGUGGUGGCCCAGGAGGAGUUGGGAUCUCUCAGGUGUCCCCAGGAUGCUUAGCCAUGGGAUUUUAGGGAGAUUCCCAUCAAACCAAGUGCCUGGAAACAUCUCUAGUGCCUUUUUCCUUAUGGAACAGUCCCAAGGAAGAGUGUUUUCCCACAUAUAUUCACAAAUGCUGCCUCAGACAUGGUGCCCAGGUGGUUUAACUGGGAUGUGGCAAUUCCUGGAGUGCCAAAGCCAGCCCUACCCACAUGGAGCUGGCAGCAGUCCCUGGGAUCAGGAGAGGACAGGGAUUCAGGAUGAAGUUUUUAGUGUCAAUAGUACCUUAUGUCUUAAAGUGGCACAGGUUGCCCAGAGAAGUUUUGGAUGUUCCAUCCCUGGAAGUGUUCCAGGACAGGUUGGAUGGGUUUGGAGCUGCCUGGACUAGUGGAAGGUGUCCCUGCCCAUGGCAGGGAGUGGGACUGAAUGGGCUUUAAGGUCCCUUCCCACCCAAACCAUUCCAGGAUUCCAUGAUAAAAAUCAUCCAUCGGGUGCUGCCCAGCAAGGCAGCAACGAGCUCCAGAGGGGUUCACGUAAAAUGAAGGAGUCAUAGAAUUGCUUCCAGGCCCGUGGAAACAGCUGUCUGCAUGGAUUUCCCCCCCAAAACGCAUCUCUGCCCCUCCCCUGUCCCCAAUCAUUACCCUGUUCACAAUCAGGCCUUUCCCUGCCUGGGACAGAGGGAAUUCCGAGCCCACCUCUCCAGCUUGGGGAAAUCCCUCCCCAUCCAGCAGCAGAGACAUUCCUGGCAGGAAGGAAGACAAAAGGGUGGAGAAUGAGGCUGUCUGGGAGUUGUUUCAAAAGCAAAUUCCCAACUCUUCUGUCCUACUGUUGGAGCUUAAAGCCUGUAAAUAGAGACUAUGGCACCACUGGAAGAAUUAAGGAAAAAAAAAAAACACCACGUAAAGCACUAAUUUUGUUGGUUUAAAUGUUGCUGCCACAGCUUUAAUCACUGUAUUUUGCCAGCCAGUUCGUAGAGUUGCAUUUGUAGCAGGUUAUUAUUGAUUCCUGGUUUUUAUUUGUGGGGAAGAAGCGUGGUUUCCCUCUUUUCUUCCUGAUUUAUAUUUAUAUUUUGCUGAAUUUGAGGGCUGAGUUUCCGGAUUCCCCGGAUUUUUUUUUUUUUUGUUUAUUUGUUUUGUUUUGUUUUGCUUAUUUAGACUUUGUUUUAUGCUGGAGGUAAAUGUGCCCAUAUGAAUAAAAUAUAUAAAUACUGCUUUGUAUCCAA